GGUCAGUGGAUCACCGAUCACAGAAAGAGCCGAAGAUGUCGGCUCUGUCAUGUGAUCAGCUGUGUCCUAUCACAGCUGAUCACAUGGCACUAAUGAUCAGUGUGCCCUGAUGAUCAGUGUAGCCCCAGCAAUGCCACCUGUCAGUGUCCAUCAGUGCCUUGUGUCAGUGCCCAUCAAUGCCACAUAUCAGUGCCUACCAGUGCACAUCAAUGCCACAUAUCAGUGCCCAUCUGAGCUGCCUUUCAGUGUCACCCAUCAGUGCCAGUCAGUGCCACCUAUCAAUGCCAAUCAGGGCCACCUGUCAGUGCCAGUCAGUGCUUCCUGUCUCAGUGUGUAUCAGUGCUGUCUUUCAGUGCCCAUCAGU